UCGGAUAUUUUAUAAUGUUUAUGUCCUUUCUUUUGUUUACUGUUUUUCCUGUCUUCGGCAUUUCAGUGAGAUAUUUGACGAAUAUAACGGAUCCGGGUAGAUUAAUGCCAUUACAAACAUAUUACGUUUAUAAUCAAGAUAAAAGCCCGCUUUAUGAAAUAACUUACGCUCUGCAAAUUAUCGGUACAUAUAUGAUUGCGACUUCGUAUACCGGUACUGAUUGUUUUUUAAGUUUGCUGGUGUUUCAUGUGUGUGGUCAGCUAGAGAAUCUUAAAACGCGGAUCAUGGAUCUCGAUAAAUUUCACAAUUUCGAAAGCAUUCUAUCUCACAGCGUGCAGGAACAUAUACGUCUCAUCAGAUCGAUCAAUAUCAUUGACAAUAUUUUUGCUUUGAUGCUACUUGGAGCGCUCAUUUAUUUUGGCAUAUUAUUUGCUUUUCAAGGUUUUUUAAUUGUCAGUAUGAUAACUCAGCGUGGCGAUAUCUCUUUAGUACGUUUAAUUUUUAUGGUGACAGUAUUUGUUAAUGCGUUUGUCCAUACAUGCCUCUACUGCACUGUGGGAGAAAUUUUGGUCGUUCAAAGCAAAGGAAUUUACGAGGCUGCAUGCGAAUGCAAGUGGUACACAUUGGAGCCAAAAAAAGCUAAAAAACUAUUGAUUAUAAUGAUUUACGCCAAUAAACCGCUGUAUCUUACCGCGGGAAAAUUGUUCCCUAUGACAAUGGCCACUUUUUGUAAUUUAUUAAAGACAUCGGGUGGUUAUAUAUCGAUCUUGCUGGCAUAUCAGGAAUAA